UUAAGGUUCGUGAGAACUCCCUUUAUUUUAAUGUAGAGGGUUUUCUUGUGGACAUCAAUCAACUUCUUUGUUAUUUUGUCACUGAAGCCACACGGAGACGAGAGCAGCAGCUAUGAGUUUAACAGCGAGUGGAUUUGUUGUCUUCCUUCUCUCUCUGCCAGUGGUUCAGGGUCAGGAUGAGUGGGGAGUGACUUACUCUUCUACUGAGAUCUGUGCAGUGAAAGGAUCAACAGUGGAGAUAAGAUGCAGCUUCACAUACCCAUCUACAUCACAUGGUGGUGUUAACACAGUUGAGAAAACAUUCUGGUUCACUAAACAGAAAGAUGGUGAAUCUGUAGAUUUGACCACAGACUCAGAGUAUUCAGGUCGUGUAGAGGAUCUCUGUGAAAACAACACCUGCACUCUGAGAAUCAAAAACCUGAGAGAGAGCGACUCAGCUGAGUACAGGUUCAGGAUCAAAACAAAUCAAGAUAAAUAUAUUGGUCAACCUGGAGUCACUUUGUCCGUCACAGAUCUCCAGGUGGAGGUGAGCAGACCACACUCGUCUACUCUCCUUCAGUGUCUCAGCAGUUGUCGUCCACCUGGUCAUACUUCCUACAUCUGGUUUAAGAAUGGAGAGAAAAUAAAGGAAGACACAUCUCCUUAUGCAGACUUCAGAUAUGAUUCAGCAGACAGUUAUUCCUGUGCUCUGAAGGGAUAUGAGGACUUCCCCUCUCCUUCAGUGUAUGCUCCAAAGCUCCCCUCUGUGUCAGAUCAUGGAAGCUACCAGCUGCUGUAUCAAUCUCUGUUGUUCUCCUGGCUGUCAUUUCUCUCUCUGUCUUCCUGUGGAUCAGGUGAGCAGAUCUGA